GCAAAGGAUCAUUCGGUGAAGUAUUUAAAGGGUUUGAUAAGAGGACUAAAAUACCUGUGGCUAUCAAGAUCAUAGAUCUUGAACAUGCUGAAGAUGAGAUUGAAGAUAUUCAGCAAGAAAUAGCCAUUCUUUCACAAUUGGAUUCACAAUAUUAUGGUUCAUUCCUUAAGGGAUCCCAUUUAUGGAUUGUCAUGGAAUAUUGUUCAGGAGGGUCUUGCUCUGAUUUAAUGAAGCCUGGUGUUUUUAGAGAAGAGUACAUAGCAAUUAUAUUGCGGGAGCUAUUAAAAGGAUUGGACUAUCUGCAUGCUGAAAACAAACUUCACAGAG